CUUCCUCCGGCCCGUCACCCCGCCCCCUUCGCUUCUACCUCUACCGACGCCGCCGCUCCCGCGCCCUCUGCCGCUACCGCCGUCGUCGCCGCCGCCCAGGGUCUCACGGAGGAGCGGUCACCGGCUGUGGAGGCAGCGCGGCCCAGGCCUAGCGCCGGGUGCGAAGCCGGAAGCACAAACGGAAGAGCCGAGCCGAGCCGGCCGGCCAGCUGUAGCCGGAGCAGGAGAGAAGGAAGAGAAUGAGUCCAUCGUGCCACUAAGAAGUUUAGGGAAAAGAAAUUGAAGAACUUCCAGUUUUGGACUUUCAUCUAAAUAGGAGAUAUGCUAGAAUAAAAACAAGUUUCUUAUGGAAGGAACUGCUAAAUAAUCAACAUCAGUGCUGAAAGAUUAGCAUAAAAUGGCAGACCAGAGACAGCGUUCACUUUCUACCUCUGGAGAAUCGUUGUACCUUGUUCUUGGGUUGGACAAGAAUGCAACCUCAGAUGAUAUAAAAAAAUCAUAUAGAAAGCUUGCAUUGAAAUAUCAUCCUGACAAGAAUCCAGAUAACCCAGAAGCUGCAGACAAGUUUAAAGAGAUCAACAACGCGCAUGCAAUAUUGACUGAUGCCACAAAACGAAAUAUAUAUGACAAGUAUGGCUCAUUGGGUCUUUAUGUAGCUGAGCAGUUUGGAGAGGAGAACGUGAACACCUAUUUUGUGCUGUCCAGCUGGUGGGCAAAGGCCCUAUUUUUAUUUUGUGGGAUCAUUACUGGCUGCUACUGUUGCUGCUGUUUGUGCUGUUGCUUUAACUGCUGCUGUGGAAAGUGUAAACCUAAACCUCCUGAAGGUGAUGACCAAGAAUACUAUGUCUCCCCAGAGGACUUGGAGGCACAGUUACAGUCUGACGAGAGGGAGGCCACAGACACACCUAUUGUGAUACAACCAGCAUCAGCCACAGAGACCACCCAGCUCACAACUGACUCCCACCCCAGCUACCAUACUGAUGGAUUUAACUAAGUUAAGAAAACACUGUAAUUAGAAUGGAUAAAUCAGUACCUGGCCAAUCAACAUUAGAAUCAUGAACAGUAGAAAUAGAGAUCCGGGGAGGGAACAACUCCUGCCACAGGGAAAGGGCAGACACUGACCUGCCAAGAAUAUUUUGUAAUCCCUUCAGCCUUUUCUGUCACCUUCAGUGUCGUAUCUUGAUGAUACAUGAAGUGCUGUAGCAUGCAGUAUUUAAAGCAGUUUAGCUACGGUCUUCCUUUAUUCUUUUUUUUUUUAAUCGCAUGUAUGAGGUUAUGUUUUAUGUAUGUCUGUGUUGUAAAUGUAUCGAGGAGUUACUGCAUUAAAUGAAUAAUGGAAGCAAUCUGCAUUCUGAGCAGUGGUACCAGCCUAAAUAUAUUUUUCAAACCUACAAGUUUAAGUGAGAGUUGCUCUGAAGCUACUUUUGCUUCCAUACAAUUUAGCUGUGAGGACCUUUAAAAAAAAUGGGAAGGGAAUUCAUCAUUCUCAACCAAGAGUACUUUUUCACAUUCCCUGUACCUCGUUAAAACCAGUGUAUAACUUAGGACAAAAAUGGAAGGGAAUUUCCUGUUAGGAAUUUCAUCCUUCCUUAUCAGUUUUUGACCUUAGUGUACUGGCUUACCAUUUGACAUUUCUUUUUGUUCUUGAGCCCCUGAAAUGAUGAAUAAUAGCUUCUUGCCCUGAAUCAAAAUACCUGUGUUUGUCCCAGCACCCCACAUCCUCUGUAUGACCUUGGGCAAGUCACUAAACUUCUCUUGAGCCCCAGUUACUGAUCAGUAAAAUAAGGAGGUUAGAUUACAUGAUCUCUGAGAUCCCUUCCAGAUUCUGUGACUAUGAAGGAAUUUGGGAAUAUGAAAAUGACUCUUCAGAAGACAUAAUAAUCCCUGCUAUUUAUGUGGAAUAUAGUUUGUACCUGAUCUCUUCAACCUUGUUUAUGUACAUCAUUGUGGAUUUUUUCCUCCUCAGGUAAAUUUAUUGUGGAAAUGAAAAACAUUUCCUUUUUAAUAUUGAAACCAAAUCAUGUUUGCAGUGUUUUAAAACUGUGGUUUUCUGUAUCAAAAAUUUACUUUAAGGUUCUUCUUCUGUUAUCCCAGCUGUUCCUCUACAGUAUAAUCAUUGUUGUCUUUUUCUUGCUUUUCUUUGCAUUUAACAGAUUUCAUGCUAAGGAAGAUUCACAGUGUUUGGGUUGCUGUGAUUGGUUCCCUGCUCUCCCCCUGCCCUCCCAUACACACACAGUAGGGUCUUUGAUGGUAGGCCAGGACAAUAGAAUAGAGUCACAAAGUCAUUGUCAACUUCCUAGCAGGUACCCUGGAGUCAGAUGCACACUGUAUUCCUUACUUUUCAUCCUUUUACUCUGUCCAGUUUUGUUCUCCCCUACUCUUUCUUGCUUCUUAUUUGACAUUCCUCCAAGUAGCAUUCCCAUUGGAGACUCUCUUGAGCAGUUAAAGUAAAAAAUUCCUUCCCUAGUUUACAGUUAGUGUCCAGGACACAAAGAAUUUCUUCUAUAAAAUUUGAUUGAUGUGGGGGCUUCCUUCAUAGACAUUGUUCGUUGUAAUAUUCAUAAACGUUCAACUGAAAAGUUACCCUAGCCUAAUUUUGCCUCUGUUCAACUGAUUUAGAUUUCUAAAGGAUCUUGUGGUGAGAGUGCCAAGUCAGUCCAAAUUUUUCUUAAAAGCGCUUUAGUCAGUAAUGGCAAUAGGCAAACUAUAGUAUCUAGGAUAAGUGGUAAUUGUGCUCUUCACUAAACCCCACCACAUAAACCUUUAUCCUUUCUUUCUUGUUUUCAUCCUGUUUUUCUUUCUUUAUAAUAGGCUUAUCCCUGCUGUCAUCACCAAGGGGCAUCUGUGAAGGCAUUAUUUUAUUGCCCCCAUUUUGAAACUUUGUGGAGCAAAUGGCUAUUUUAAUUAGGCUGAAUUCAUAGAUUGAAGAAAGGCCUGUUCAGUGGCUCUUGUCAGCUAAAAACAACACUGAUAGAAUUAAGAAUUACUAUAUUUAUUUAUACUUUGGCCUCAGAAUUGGGUGUCCAGCAAAUAGUCACAUAAUUACUUUUCUCAGCUCCUAUUUCUCAACUAUUUGGCCCCAGUUCAUCAUUAACAAAGAACUUCGUGUGAUGAAUAAUACUCUCCUGGCCUUGAUUAUUAUAUUUUCAUAUGAACUUUCAUGUAGGGUGUGAAUUUCUCAUCCUUCUUACUGGACAACUUCUCUACAUCAAGUGAAUAUAAUAAAUUCCCUUUGUUAUAUACCUCUCUGCUAACUUAGAGGGGCUUGGGGGCUAUUUUUAUUCCCAGGAACUGCCUUGUAUCCAGACACUUGAUUUAAAAGAAUCAUUUCAGUAACUGUACCUUUGUUGAAUCUGUGAAACCUUUUUAGGUUUGGGGGCAUUUUUUUGUUUCUUUGGUGGUUCUUUGUUUUUCCUUUUUAAUGUCCCUAAAUGGUUAUAGCUAAAAAUUUCUUCAACAUUAAAUAAAAUUUGGGAGCAGGAUGAACCUGGCUUUUUUUUUUUUCCCCUCACGAGGACUUGCCAAAACUCAAUUCUUUAGACAACUGGUUUUAUCCUUAAAACUAUUUGGCAAAUCUGAGAAACCAAAUCUAAGAUUAUGUGAUAGUUUUUAUACUUUGCAUGGUGAUGUAAUGGCUAUGACGACACCACCUGGCAGAGAAUUCUGAUUUAGACAUUCUUCUUCAUGCUUACCCCCAUAUUUCUCUACGAAAACAUCAUUUUUUUCUCAUUAGAAGAGAGACCUAAUAAAACGUUCUAACCUUGCAUUUUAAAAGCAGCAGUAGUUAGUAAGAGGCACAAACUUUCUUCUGAGGGAAUAUUAGCCUGACCAAUGCUGUAUUUUUAACUGAUUUACAGAGCAUUGUUUGCUGUUAAAGACUCCAAUGACACAUUACUCCCUGAACAAAGCAGUUGAAAUUAGCAAAAGAAUGUAUGACCAGCAUUGAGGUCAUAGUAGAUACACUGACAGUGAAAGAAGGAAGGUAUUCUAAAGCAUUUGUGCUUUAAGCAUGAAUUACAUUCACCUUUACUUUCAAGCCCUAAAGCUCUGUUGCAGGGAAAGUCCAUUGUGGUAGCUUCAUAUUUCAUGACCUCCAAAAAUAAAGGAGCAUGGUAGAACAACAAAAUCAUCUAUGCCAUUAAAGAUAAUUCAGCUUCAAGUCCAAGUUGUUAACAAGUGUGUUUAGUCUUAAAUUUGUGUUUUCAAAAAGAAUGCUUUAGAAGUGGUUUUCUUCCAGAGCUGUCAAGAACAAAAUUCAAAACUCUUAAAUCAAUUCUUAUAGUAGGAAACUGCCCUGUUUUGAGUGGUAAUGGUGCCAGCACUACCAAGGAAAGUGGAGUUCUUUGAGCCCAGGGAUCGGCAGUGAUUAUGAGGGAAAAGCACUUUUAUUUUCUUUAGAAACAUAACUAACAACUUAGAAGAUAAUUCAGAAUGGCUUCCUCCUCCUCCCAAACCUUUCUACCUAUUGAGUGAAGUUGAACCAUUUUACUUUAUAAGGAGACUUAUCUGGUAAUUUGUGUUUCUAGGUCCAUGUUUGACAUGACCUUAUAAAAAUGGAUUUAUUAAAAUAAUGUGUUCUUUUAAAAAUGUUACUGGUAUCUUUUAUUUUUAUACUUUCAUUUCUAAACAUCUCCCUUCCCUUCCCUGGAGAAGCCAACCUUUGUGCAAAAAAAGUUUUUAACAGCCUGAAGAGGGCUAUAGGAGACUCAAAAACCUCAUAUCUAUGUGUGUCAAAGUGAGUAGUUUGCCAGGUUUAUGUAUAGGUUAUGUGAAUAUUGCUUAAAAAUGUAAAGUUUUUCCCAGGAUUUGGGGGCAUGUCUGAAGAAAUUUCUGGCCAAAAUUUUCUUUUCUUGGAAAGGAUUUUAAAGAAAUAAUGGCUACUAUGCUUGAACAUUGUGUGCCAAGAUUCUCCCAGCAAUCCUGAGCCCAGAACCAUCACAGAUGGACUGAAGCUAUUAGACAUGCUGACUACUUGUCUCUAAAUUCUGAAACUUUGAUGGAAAUAGAAGCUUUUUUUCUUUUGUGUCUCUCCAACAUCACUUUUGAGUUCUCACUUGUUUUUUAAAAGUUUCUCUCCUAGUCACAGUAAAUUAGGUGCUUCCUGAGGUGUGGGUGUAUCUUUAUGAAAUUUUUGAAAACUAGAUCUUCCCAUAUAUCCCCUUAAGGUAAAAGUCAUCAGAGAUAAAAUCAGAUCUGAGAAGAUUCAAAUUUGACCCCUCUUUCUCUCUCUCUCUCUCUCUCUCUCUCUCUCUCUCUCUCUCUCUCUCUCUCUCUCUCUCUCUCUCUCUCUCUCUCACACACACACACACACACACACUCAUUCAUACACACACACACACAUACACAUAUAUAUGUAUAUAUAAAAUGAAUUUUUGAAAUAAUUUACUUGUGAGAUGUCCCCUAAAGUAAUAGUAUUUAAUUUUUUAAUUAUAUCCUCUAGUUCUGUCAUCUCAUAAAUAUUAACAAUGUAUUUGUCAUUCUUGCCUCUUGAAAGUAAAUAAAGCUGUUUUUAAAAGGCUAGUUUUCUUAUAUAACUAGUGCUGAAAUUGAUAGAGUAGAUGUUAGUUUCAUUCUUGCAGAUAUAGAAAUUCCAUUGCUUUUAAGAAAAGUUUGAAGAAUAUUGUUUUUGAUUGUUUACUAACUGGCCUUGUACCUGAUAAAAACAAGAUUUUGGAAUUGGGUUUUUGUUUGUAUAUUGUUUCUGCAAAAUAUGUAGAAAAAUGUCAUUCUCCAUUUGUUUUGAAGACUUGUGAACAUCUUGGUGACCACAACUGAUCAUGUAGCUUUCUGUUUCUACACAGGAUUAUUUUGAGCUCAUUUUAUUUGUAAUCUUAUUUUAAGCUUUGUAGUAUUUAUAAAUUGCUUUAGAUAUUUUUGUUCUUUGUGUUUUUUAAGCUCUCUGAAAUCAAAUGGAUACAUCCAGCAGUGUAAGUAGGUCCUCCUAGAAAAAAAUUAAGUACUCUGGCCAGACAGCAGAAUGAAGCCUUAAGACUACAUAGAGGUUGAAUGAUGAUGAUACAAUAAAAUACAUUGGUCCUGAAGGACAACUCCGUCAAUAACCAUAUCUUAUUACCAAGUCCAUCUGGCUAUUUUUUUCCCUGUAUUUGUAAGAUUGAGCUGUUUUGUUUUGUGUUGGUUUUUUACCCAGUGGCAUUGCUUCAGUACAGUAGGGCUUUCUACAAACUUAAAUCUGAAGCUUGAAACCUGGAAUCCUAGCCUUGCAGAGCUUCACUGAAACAUGGUCAGAAACCUCAUGAAAUCCACAUAUCUUUCAGACCUGGGAAAGGAAACUGAAUAUGUCUUUAUAAUGUUGUCUUAAUUCUGAAAGGGCUUAUUAGGCAUGCUACCAAUUUAGAGAAAAAUGAGGAAAGGAUUAAAAAGCUUUCUUGGUCUAUCAGUUCCCAAAGGAGAAAGACUGAGGUAUGUUUGUCUAUAGUCAAUUUAUUUCAAUCUUUAAUACAUUUUUCUGUUAGAAAAUAUAAAGUCACUUAAAACUUAAAAUUCAGUGUGCCACCCAUCUGUGUGGCUUAGGAUUUAUGCUCAAUACUGAGAGGGGAAAUCAAAUUGACUAGUUUACAGGAUGAAAGGUACUAAGCAUGAAAGGCUGCAGGUGCUCUUCUAUCUCAUUUUUAUAUCUGGUUAUGUAUUGCUUUCAUUAUAGAUUGAAUUGUCUGCCCUUGUGUUUUUUGUUUGUUGUUUUGCUCAGCUAUGGCUUCCUUUGGUGUUUACAUCCAGUUUUGAGCCCCCUUAGCCUCUCUUGGACCAGUCACCAAGCAUAUGCCUGGCCAAGAUUUCAUUUUGAUGGGGACAAUUCAUACUCAACAAGAAGUCUAGAUGGUGAAUGCAGGUAACCCUUAGAAUGAUGGGGUUGAAAGAUGGCAUAAAAAAUAACUUGUCCAACUUCUAACAUUUAAAACUGUGAAAACAAAAACACAGACAUGUCUUUAAUUCUUAUAAUUCGUGGUCCUGUGGUACUUGCAAAAAAUGAAUACAUUUUCAUGUCUUUGAAAAGUAAGGUUCAAAUCAUGCUGUAAGUGUGGGAAUGUGAUAUUGUAUAUCUUUGUCAUGUAUGUACAUAUGUGUAUAUAUAUAUGUUUAUACAACAGGUAUGUCAGUAUUGUUGCUAUUAUGUAGUAAAGCAACAGUUAUAAUAAAACUUGGCUCUAAAAUUACUUUCUUCAAACUCUUGCCCUGCAAAAAUGGAAGCAAGGAUACUGCCCUUAGGUGAAAUUUUUUCUAGCUUCAAGAUGUCACACCUGUUGUGUAAAUAGAAUGUUUGAAUGAAAGAAAUCCAUGACAGACUGGAGAACCUUUGCCAUUAGUUUACAUGUAGAUUCCCCAGGCUUCUCCCUGGUAUUUGACUAGAUGCAUCCCAGGAAAGGAGAGGCUUAGGUUCAUCUUUUUCACUGUAUUGUCCAGCCACUCAUUCUGCUUUCAGGGAGUAACUACUAUUUGGAGUAUGGUUGGUGGGCUUUAAGAACUGGAAAUGAGUUGCAUUGUGUACAGUAGUGGUAAUUGUCACUUAUUAUCACCAUCUUUUUUUUUUUUGGUCUGGAGCACAAAAUAGCUUCAAGGCCUUAAAGUUCUUCCUGGUGUGAACAGAUUCACACACAAAGCACAUUUGAGUUUUGAGUGAAUUCCUCUCUGGGUCCACAAGAUGUGAAAUAUAGGGGAGACUAGAGAGCUUCCCUUCUCCUAUUACUCCUCUUCCUUCCUCCCUUACCUCAAACAUCAAAACCUGUUUUAUUUUUGAUGAAAUCCAUGAGCUGUCUAACUUGUCACCUUAAUAAAAGCACAUGGCACAUGAUUUAGGUGGGAUGGCCAACAGGCAAUCUUGGCUCUUCCAUUUCCCUUUUGUCCAAACCUCACACCCCACCCCACCCAACUUUGGGAAAGAAACUGGGCAAGGGAAGUGGAUAUUUUACAUAUCCAAAACAGUAGGAAGGAGAGGGUUCUUAAUUUUUUUAGUAUAAGUCAGGCCCUGAGUCAAAAUGAUGGGAAGGUGUUUUGCAUUUGUAUUUCAAUUCUGGAUAUGAGAAAUCUGAGAUGUAAAAAAAAAAAUAAAUGAAACCCAAGUAUAAAUGCAUCUGAAAAGCAAUUAUAUAUAUAGACAUAUAUUUUGUUAUGUUACGAAAGGACCAUAAUUUGAAUUGUAUGUGAGUAGAUGUGGCUGUCAGAACUUUGUGGAUUGUAACACUUGAUACUACUGAGUUCCUGUACAUACAUGAGGUUAAAGCCGAAGGAAUUAUUUUAUGGUUUAGCAUGGUAAUUUAUGUAUUGUAUGUCUGAAUAUCCACUAAAAUAAAGAUUGCUAAAUUAUCUAUCUGAAACUACUGUUGUAAAAUAAAUGUUUUCAAUGCA